AUGGAUUAAUAAACCGAGCCAAAUUCUCAGGAACAAGUGAUAAAAUAAAACGACGAGCAGUCAGUAUUGCCACAAACAGUCCUCUAACAACAGUAGAUUAAAGAAGUCGAAACUCUUGAUUUAUAAGUCUCAAUUUCAAUCGAAGAUGUAAUCAUCAAAGAUGCAGGAUUUGGAUAAAAAUUCACAGCCUACUUGAUUAAAGGCUCAGACAAUCAAGGAGCUUUUGAAGUCUAUAGAAGAUAUAAUGACUUCUUUGAAUUAAGGGAGUUAUUGGUCAAAAAAUGGCCAGGAUGCUACAUUCCACCAAUCCCUGAAAAAGCACUAGCAAGUGGCAACGAUUAAGAAACUGUGUAAAUCAGAAGAAGACUUUUGGAAGUCUUUUUGGUUGCCAUAUCAUCAUUACCCUACAUUUAUGCAUCUGAAGAUUUUCAAUAGUUGUUCCUAAGAUCCAGUUCUCAAGAUAUUGCUAAAGUAAACAUCAAAUUCAUUAUUAUUAGACUUAUCAACAGUAAAAGGCACCAACAACACCCGAAAUUAUUGAAAAAUUAAAGACAGCCUUCCCAAAUCUCGAUGUCAGAGACCAACAAAACAGUGAAUAUAUGUUGGCCAUCAGUAAUUUCUCAGGUCAAUUAAGAAAAACUUAAGCUAUUCUAAAAGUCUACAUCGACCAAUCCAGUAUUGUUGCAUAAGCUAGAAAGAUCCUAUAAGAUGAAAAAGGUAUAGUAACAUUUUUACGUUAGUCAACCUAUUUAAUGGAUCUUUGCCUCUCUAUGAAAAAACUAUACUUAAUGAGUAUGUCUAUGGUAAAGAGUAAUAAUUAGUACUCUCAAAUCCUUCAAAUCAAGAUGAAUAUAGAAAAAUUCUAGAUGAGAUUGUAUAUAUUGUAACCUAUAAAUUAAUAGAAAGAGAGCAAUAAAAAAACUAAUAGCAUUAAUUAUUUAACUGACAUGUUUCGCUAUGAAUUGAAAGAUGCUGAGUCUAUGUAACAAACCCUAGCCUAUAGAGAUCAAAUUAUUAUUAUCAGAGCAAAAUAAGAAUAAAAAAUGAGAGAAGACUAAGCUGAAUUAGCCAAAAUGGCAGCAAAACAAUAAACUUUAACUACUAUAACCAAUUCUACAUAUAAUAAAUCAAAAGAUGCCUCAUAAGUUAAAGUUGAAUAAAGAAUUUCAGAAGUAUAUUAUUAAUAAUAAUUAGGGAUAACUAGAAAUAGACAAGCUAUCAUAAUUGUAUAAUAUAAUCACUGCAAUCAUUGCCACUAAAGAAAUUGAAAAAUACAGAAAGACAAGGCUCAAUCACUAUCAUAAAUUCCUGAGAUCUAUCUAAUAAUCAGAAGCCAAAUUAUAUCAAGCUGAAAAUGACUUUUUGGAAAAGCUCAUACAAGAGUCAUAAAAAUAAUUACAAUAAUCUAAUUCGGAAUAAAUUUUAAGAUAAGAACAAUAAUAAUAAUAAUAGUAUGAAUAAAAAUAACGAUAACAGUAAUAAUAAUUAUAAUAGUAACAAUAAUAGCAAUAAUAAUAACAAUAACAAUAAUAAUAGCAAUAAUAAUAAUAAUAAUAACAAUAAUAAUAAUAAUAAUAAGAAUUACCUGAUUAAGUAUAACCGUAAUGA